AUUAACUGCAAAAUCACACGUUGUCAAACUUCACAAUGGCGACUACUGCCUUGAAGAACGAAAGAAAUUAAACGGGAAGGAUUCCCUUCCCAGGUGUACAUCAAAAGAGUGUUUAAGAAAUUGGAAACAUCAACGUUUGAAGAAUAUAUCUUACGGAAAGAAAGGCAGAUAAAGGUUGAACUUUACAAAGAAAAAGGAGAUUUAAUGAGGAAGUGAGUAACCGGUCAAUUUAACCUACUUUCUGCGGCGUAAUUUCGUCAUCUCUUGUGAAACACUUGAUUACGCUUGGUAUGGAAAUACAUCGGAUCAAGACUUUUAGCACGCAUCUUUAGCACAUUUGUAUCUAACAGACUUUGGUUCUACGCUUGAAAGUGUGGAAUACUUACACGCACAUUUUGUGUUUUUACAGCAGUUAAUUUGAACAAAAGAGUUUAUGACGUCAUAUUUUCAUGUACGUUCAUGAAAGUAUUCACGUAAGCGAUUAGUAAUUUCUACGUCUUCUUCAUCACCGGUGUUGUGGGUCAUUUUAUUUUCAUUUUUAUUUUUAAAGAAUACAGUAUUGUAUACACAUUUUGCAAACUAAAAAUAAUUUUGUCUGUGAUAAAUUGAAACUGAAAGUAGAGUUCAUCUGAAUUCUCAGCUGUGCAACUGUGAUAGUUAUUGUGUAUUUAUGAGUUUAACAGGUCUUAGGCCCCGACUUAUUCUUAGUAGUCAUGGGCCAAAACAGCAUAACUUGGAAGAAACUCACAAAGACCUAGUACCAACUGGGGGUUGUCUUACUCCAGAAGUUGUUUUUCAUAACAGUAAACCAAGCUUUCAAACAAAGCUUGACAGUACUAAGUGCAAAGACUGCAAGAUUGGAAAGUAUUUGUUGGAACAUAUCGAAGGAGAUACUUUCAAAGCAAGCGAUUGUGGUUCAGGGGAAGAAAAGGUUUGCAAGGUGUUUCCCAUCAGCAAGUACCGGGAGCGUCUCAGUGCUUACUGGCAGGUGGACGCCCACGACAAUAUCAGCAGUAUUUCCGAAAUCAUCCUCGGGGAGACCAAGGCGUAUGUGUUCUUCGAGCAUCAUCAUGGUGACCUACAUUCUUACGUUAGACAGAAGAAAAAGCUACGGGAGGAAGAGGCGACCAGUCUCUUUCGCCAGAUAGCAGCUGCAGUCAAGCACUGCCACGACUGCGGCGUGAUUCUACGAGAUCUCAAGCUACGCAAAUUCGUCUUCAAAAAUAAAGAAAGGACUGAGAUAAGACUCGACAGCCUUGAAGAUGCCUGCGUGCUAGACACGGAGGACGACCGCCUCUCCGACAAACACGGGUGCCCGGCGUACGUCAGUCCGGAAAUCUUGAACAAUGGCAUUCCAACGUACAGCGGGCGCGCUGCGGACAUGUGGAGUCUGGGCGUGAUGCUGUACACGAUCCUUGUAGGGCGCUACCCAUUCCACGAUAACGAGCCUACGGCUCUAUUUACGAAAAUUCGCAAAGGCCAGUUUUUAUUACCUCCGUCAUUGUCAUCAAAAGCGAAAUGCUUGUUGAAGAGUAUUUUACGCCAGGAUCCUGACCUGAGGCUCUCUGCAGAAGAGUGCUUGAGUCACCCGUGGCUAAGUCAGGGGCACCAGGGCGGCUCGGGAUUUGUCACCAUUAGUAACAAAUAUAACGAUCAAACUGUUCCAGAAUUUUUAGUCGACUCGUAUGACAAUGACAUUUUCUCGUGAAAUAGUCAUUUAAUUAAAUGUUUGUUACAUUUAUAUUAUAAAAAUAAGUACAUUUAUAAUGUUAUUUUUAAGACACACACACAAUUUGUUGGUUUUCUCUCUUCUCCACAUAUUGUUGCAAAAAUGUUUUUCCAGUGGUAAACGAUAAACAUCGUAAAAUUAAUUAAAUGUUUUGAAACUUUGCUGUAGACUGUGUCACACAAAGAGGAAGGUGUUUCUGAUUUGUAACAGAAAGUUUUUAUGAGAUUUUUGCAUGCUUUGGUUGUCAAGGGUUCAAGUACUAGAACAAAUCCAUGGAUAGACAAUCUUAAACAUCUCCUGUUAAAAUAUUUGUGUUAGCAGCUGGAUUUUGAAUAAUAAUCCAAGCACUGUUUUCUUUUGUUUGAUUAGAAAAAUAAAAAUAGCUUCACUUCCCUGUGGUAUGAACAAAACAUCACUGCUUUCGAGACUAAAUAAGGUAUUGAGGAUGCAAAAUCCGUUGAUUUUCCUUGCAUGAAAUAAAGUUAUUUGUACAUGUUGGAAAUUUACUUUCACAUGCAGAAUUGAACUAACUUCCUAUAAGAUCAUUAUAAUUGUGAACAGUAAAGUUACUUGAAGUUAUCACUAUGGUUACCUGAAUUAUUAGACUUUGUCAUCUUCUUACGAAUUGUGCAGAACACAGCUUAAGCAGGGAGAUUUAUAAAUGUCAUGAUUUAGAUUUUAGUGAAAUAUUUUAACACAACAUUAUUUAUUCAUUGUAUUGUUACAGUUGUUACGUGAUUUGUUCGUGUUGUUUUUGUUUGGCUUUGGAAAGCAUAGUAAAUCAUAGAGUUUUCUCCAUCAUCUGUGUAAAAAGGAAAAGAUAUAAUGCUAACUUAUACCCAGUGACUUUAUAUACUAAGGUACUUACCAGCAGUAUUUUUACCAUAUAUUUGUUAGCUGGAAAGACAUUUGAAUCCAAUGGUGUUAAAUUUUAACAUGUCGUGCUCUAGAAACAGAUUACAAUUCUGUUAGGUAAAGGGCCCUUAAGGCUUUAUGUGUUUCUUUUGGUUUCCUUGUGUAGAGCCAAAGAUUUAUCUGUUUGUUACAAAUGUGCAAAGAUGCGUGCUGUCAUUUGUGGAGGGUAAGCUCCAGAAGAUUUCCUCUAUGAAGAAGAAAUAAAGAAAAUAAAAAACUU